UUAAAUUGAGGAAAGUUGUGCAUCGUAAACAAAUGUUAAAAUAAAUAAAUACCUAAUAUGAAUCUUUUAAAAUCAAUUCAAAAUAAAACAUUAUUGUAUAAAAAUUACUUCUCAACAAGUUAAUUACAUAAUAAAUUUAUUUAUUUUUAUUGGAGAUGGAUUAAGAAUGAAGUCAUUUUACCAUUGUGUCAUUGUAAUUGUAUUGAAUUUUAUUGUAAUUAGUAUAGAAUCACAAAAUGAUGAUGAUCAUGUUGAUAUUUCACUAUCAAAACAAAAAAAAAAACAAACUCAAUUAGAAAAUAACACUCAUUCUAAAAUGGUACACCAUGAAGAUGAUUGGGACUGUUCUGAUUCUGAAAAUAAGCCAUGUUCAAGUUUACCUUAUCCUUGUAUUCAUUGUUACAUGAAUGAAUCAUGUGUAUAUGGUAAUCAAACAAUAGCUACUUGUAAAGCAAAUGUGAAAUGUGUGGGUGAAACUACAUUUGCCAAAAAUUUAACAUGUCGUUUCUGUUAUCAAACUGAGUUAUGGGAACAUAAGUGUAUUAAAAAAACAAUGUGUAAUUCUGCUUCGUCCCCUCCUAGCUAUUAUAGAACUAAUUGUACAGUCAAUAGAGAUGUGCUAUGUUUGGGAAAUAGAACAUUUUACAAGAGAUUACGUUGUAAUUGGACUGGUGGACAUCGAUGGUCUACUGCACUAAUUUUAAGUAUUACACUAGGAGGAUUUGGUGUUGAUAGAUUUUACUUGGGGCAUUGGCAAGAAGGUAUUGGAAAACUCUUCAGCUUUGGAGGACUAGGUGUUUGGACCCUUAUUGAUGUUUUAUUGAUCUCCAUCAGAUAUCUUGGUCCGGCAGAUGGAUCUUUAUAUUUAUGAAAUUGUGUAAAUAUAUUGUAAUAUAUUUAAAAUUCCUAUGCAAUAAAAAAUAUUGUAAUUUUAGUCAUGAAAUUGAUUAAAAUUUAAAAUUUA